GUCCGCGGCUGGCUCCGGGCCGCGUGGGGGGCUGCUCUGUCUAGCCGACAUGGUCCGGGCUGGCCGCUUGUGCCGGGGCUUGGGGCUCCUGCGACCCCGCCCCUUGCCGGACCCCGCCGGGGGCUCCGCGCCGCCGUCCCGACAGCUCCGCACCGGCCACCCCCAGCGCCGGGACCUCUUCAGCGACCUGGAGAAGGAAGUAGUGAAGUUCCGGAAGAAGUUAAGAGCGAGCCUCCCGGGCAGUGAUUGGGACCCCUUUGGUACCACAAAGGGUCUCCCUCCUGAGCGCGCAGAUGUGGUCAUCGUGGGGGGAGGGGUGAUGGGCUGGUCCGUCGCCUACUGGCUGAAGGCGCUAAAGCCCCAGAGAGAUGCACUCCGAGUGGUGGUGAUUGAGAAGGACCCUACGUACUCGCAAGCCUCCACGGUGCUCUCUGCAGGAGGGAUUCGGCAGCAGUUCUCCUUGCCAGAAAACAUCCAGAUGUCCAUCUACUCAGCCUUCUUCCUGCGCACCAUCAACGAGCAUUUGGGGGUUGUGAACGAGCCGCCCAUAGAUAUUCAGUUUAACCACUCGGGGUACCUCUUCCUGGCCUCGGAAGACGGAGCUGCGGACUUGGAGGAGAACGUGCGCAUUCAGAGGAACGAAGGAGCUGAGGUCUCCCUUCUGUCACCAGCACAACUGAAGAAGAAGUAUCCCUGGAUAAAUACCGAUGGUGUGGCUGUGGCAUCCUAUGGCCUAGAAAAUGAGGGUUGGUUUGAUCCUUGGUCCCUCCUCAAUGCCUUCAGGAGAAAAGCAAUGUCCAUGGGCGUCAGUCAAUGCUUCGGAGAAGUGAUUUCCUUUACCACCUCUUCCCGAGAAAUAAUGACGCCUAAGGGGGAGCUGACCUUCUCCCGCAUUAAUUAUGUCCGCGUCCAAAUGCCCAACAGUUUGGAGUACCAGCCAGUGGAGUGCUCCCUGGUGGUCAAUGCAGCUGGGCCCUGGUCACAGAAGCUGGCCGAGAUGGCCGGCAUUGGGAUCGGACCACCCAACACCCAAGAAGGGAUCAAGCUACCAGUGGAGCCCAGGAAAAGGUAUAUCUUUGUGUGGCACUGUCCCGAUGGGCCCGGCCUGGACUGUCCCAUGCUGGUUGACACCACGGGGGCUUAUUUCCGCCGGGAAGGCAUUGGAGGCAACUACUUGGGAAGUCUCAGCCCAGCAGAGGAGGAAGAGCCAGACAUCCAAGACCUGGAAGUCGAUCACAAUUUCUUCCAGGAGAAGAUCUGGCCCUGUCUGGCCCAUCGGGUGCCAGUGUUCGAGUCCCUGAAGGUGAAGAGUGCCUGGGCUGGCUACUACGACUACAACACAUUUGACCAGAACGCCGUGCUGGGCCCGCACCCGCUGGUGGAGAACAUGCUCUUCAUCACGGGGUUCAGCGGGCACGGGUUGCAGCAGUCGCCAGCGGCGGGCAAGGCUGUGGCCGAGCUCAUUCUGGACAACAAGUUCAGCACCAUCCACCUGGAGAAGUUGUCUUUCAACAGGUUCGUCUCUGGGGAGCAGGUCCUCGAGAGGAACAUUGUCUGAGAGCUUGGAACUAACCACCCAGCAGGUGGGUCCCAGCUCCUCUCCUCCCCAGAUCCGUAACACUCUGUCCGCUCCCAUGAGCAUCUCGGAGCUCUGCAGCCUGACCGCCAGCUUGUUAGUUCAGGAUCCUGAUGGGGAAACUGAGGCACUGAGAGAAAUGACUAGCCAUGGGCCAUGCCGUCUGUUGGUGUCUGAGCUGGGAAUAGAAUCCAGGCCCCUGCUCUACUCACUGGGCAACGCUGCCUGUUGGUUUUGACUCCUGAAUCCCUCUCUCCCCCCGUCCCAGCUGUUGACCCAAUCACACCAUUAGCUGCCCCUGCUCGGUGAUGGAGGUUGCAGCACAGGGCUGGCAGCAGCCUGUACUCAGACACAUCUAUGUGCCCUUUCUACCUGCCUGGUGUCCCGGACAUCUCUCAAGGUCUCUGGUGCUGGCUCAUCCGCCCCAGGAAUUGACAGCUUCUGUGUAUCCCACAAACCAUAUACAGAUCUCAGAUAAUUGCUGUGUCCAGCUACUGCUAAUAUGGGCCAGAUUCAGCCUACUGAUGUGAGGUGAAAGGCCCCAUAUCCCACUUCACCCCUCACAGCCAUUUGCUCCCUGGUCCCGUAGCAGAAACAGGCUAUCUCUCCAUCAGAGCCUGUGAUACAUCCGUCUGUCCCGUGUCUAACCUCUCCAAGCUCCAAAAGACACCAGCUCUUUUCUAGGCUGUGCUCAUCCUGGGAACAGGAAUUAACCGAUUGGUUCCACAGCCUAUUGUCUUCCAACUCCUGCAUGUAGGGUGAAGUCCUUAACAGCUGGGAGACUAAGAACAUCCAUGUUAGAGGCUGUUCAGAUGGACCCAUGGAUCUUAGAGUGCUUUAUCUUAAUCCCACCCUCCUGUUUCUUCAAGGCCUCAUUUUUCGGGUCAAAUGCCAAUUUGGCUAAUCAUUCUGCCUACCUCCAUAGCCCUUCCAGUGUCCCUUGUCUUCACUUCCCAUCCCAAACUGUUGUAUGCUGGUAUAUAGAUGUCACGUUCCACCCCAGAGGGGCUGCAUUCCAGCAUUAUUUAAAAUGGUCCCUGUGUGUAGAAUUUUAAUCCCUUCCCCCCCCGCCCCCCAAUGGGGUUGCAAAAUGCUUUAGUACCCUUUGGACUGAAGGCACUAUAGGCAUGGAAGUUCAUUGGCAAUGCUGGUCUUGGAGGAGGUGGAAAACAAACAUCCUGCCACAGCAUGUGUUUUUACAGCCAGUGUCUUGUUAUGGUCUGUAGCAAUCCUCCCCUGAAUGCCCUCGGGAGCAGGCCACAGCAGUGCCUAGACACGCAGAGCAUUAAAUUCCCAAAAUGUUCUGAGAUCCUUGAUUGUGAGGUGCCAAGAGGAGCAAAAACUCAUGAAUCCCUCCAAGGAGCUGGAUGGCUAAUUGCAGAUUCUUCGUGUUGUACAUGGAGCACUGGCCAAGGCACGAGGAUAGUGCUGUUCCUCAGCCAGAGACUGAUUGGAUUACUCCUGGGGGAAUUCUGCACCACUGGGCAUGCACAGAAUUUGUGUCUCCCACAGAUUUCUUUGCUUCCCCGCAGAAAAAUGACUUUCUUUCAGGGAAGCCACAAGAGCAGUCAAAUGACCCUCCCCAGCAGUAUGUUUUGGGUGCCCAGGGCAGCCGGCAGAGAGGUAAAUCACUAUGGGGCAGCGGGUGGGACUAGGAAAGACCAGGCUGGUGGCUCGUACCCUGCGCUGGGCUCAGCUGCUAGGCUGGGGAGGAUGGGACUUCCUCUUCCCCUGCACAGCAUCUGGCGCUGUGUCAGAUCCUCCCCCAGCUGUAGGAAACUUCAAACUGUCCCCCCGCCCCCUACACUUCCUUAACCUAUCGCUCCUCAGCUGCAGGGGGAGGAUCGCUGUACAGGGAGCUGCUCCCCCAUCCGCUCAACCCCAUGCAUCCAGACCCCUUCAUACCCAGACCCUCUGGCCGAGCCUCACCCAGAACCCCCCUGAUAAGCCCCACUCCCCCUGUACCUGAACCGCCCCUGAUCCCCACCCUACUGAGACCCACAACCUGCACCUGGAUCUCCACCCCACUAAGCCCCACUCCCCCAGCAUCUGGACCACCCCACUGAGCUCCCCACACCCAGACCACCACCCCGCUGAGCCCCAAUCACUUUCACCUGGACCCCCCCCUACAGAGUCCUGUUACGGUUGCACCCAGAACCCCCCAACAAGCUCCUGUGCAUCCAGACCCGCUCCCUCCCCUGGCACCCAGAUCUCCACUGAGCUGCCCACACCCAGAGUGCCCCACACAAAACCCUCUCAACCCACACCUAGACCUCCCCCCCCCAACCUAAGCCCUUCCACACUUGGAUCCUGCCUGCCCACACCUGGCACGGAAGGGUAGGUCCCUGGAGUUUCUGAGGCAAGCCAGGGUUGGGUGCAGCCUCACCACUGAGUCCGUGUCCUGGGGGGAGCUGCACAGUGAUCUUCCACCUCUAUGCAGCCAGUGGCCCGUGCUCACCAAUGCCAUGCCGGAGCCACCACAUUUAUUUGACAAAUCAAAUUUGCCAAAUUUUGCAGAACUUUAAAAUACCGUGUGCAGAACUUUUAACUUUUUGGCACAGAAUUUUUCAUUUUUGGGGGCGCAGAAUGCCUGUAGGAGAAACCUGUUGAUGUUGCUAAAACCUCACUCACUUUCCUGAAGUGACUCCAUUUCAGAGGAACAGAAUUGAAGUCGGGGGUCUGCACAGCCCAGAGAAGGAAGAUCAACGCUAUUCCAGAGGCGACACAUCACAGAUGGGUGAAACACACACUGCUGGUCUCCCGUGACUGGCACAGCAUGGCCUGGAUGCUUGAGCUGUCUAACAGCUGAGCUGCUGCCAAACCCGGUCUCGUUUGAGAUGGGCGUUCCCUGGGAAGUGGCCAUUGCUGGCAGUGGUCACCCCUGCCUUGGGCUGGGAACCAGCAGGGCCAAGCUGCUGCUAUCUAGAACUCUAUCCCAGCUUUGAGCCCACCCUUUCUCUGCAGGGAGCUGGGCUAAGAGGAGUGUGAUGCCUGGGGGCCACAGUGGGUGAGUGGGGCAGGAGAAGGAGGAGUUUAGAAUGGGAAAUAGCUCCCAGCUGCUGUCCUAUCGCAAGAGUGCUGCGAUCCUCUAGGAGGGGAGUGGGGGCAGAUGACCCAGGAGGGCUGUGCCCCCCACCUACCUCACUGCAAGCCUGCGCUGCCUCUGUGCAGCUCCAACUGCACAUCAGAGAUUUGUGUCAGAUCCUCAUUUGUGAUUUGUACUGAAAUAAAGUGAUUAUG